AUGUUUGUUCCGCGAGCGCUUAGGCUCAAGGGCGUUCGUGAGAAGCCGCGACCAAACACUUCCAACCCGUCAGUGAGCAAUGCUGAGACCGAUCGCGAUGAAGCCCUGGUCAAGGCUAUGCAAAAUACAAGGACAACCUCACUCACUCCUCAACCAGAAGAGCAGGUUGACCAAAAGGCUACCAAGCCUGGUCCUAGGUUCACUGUCAAACCAGUCACCCCUGAGUACAUUGCUCAACUUGCUGCUGGUAUAGAACUCAUCUUUACCGACUAUGCGCACCAAGAAGAGGAGCGAGCAAAGUGGCUUCGGGAUCGAUACCGGACAGUAGAUGAUGAGGAGAAUUACAUCCAUCUCACGGCCAUCCUUGAGCAUCCCAACAUCUCCUCGUUGAAACCCGAAGCCUCCCAAGUCUUGCUCCAACAAGCGCUCCGAGAUCACCCCUCUAGAAUAAUUCAAGUGUCAAAAAAUGGUUAUCAUAUCCGUCGCAAACCCUCUUCGUAUCCACCCAAAUAUCUGCCCCACAAUUCGUUCGAAGUAGUCGAUGAUGAUGGUUUGGCAUUCUGGGAUCAGCGCACCAUCUAUGUUGAACCGCACAUCCGCAACAUGUGUCAAACUCCUGCUAAAGUGGCUCAGUGGCUUACAGAACAUGGCCAAUUGCGGCCAAAGUGGCUUCCUGUGCAAGCCGUGCAUACACUAUGGAACAGUUGCGCUUUCGUAGUUCUCAGUGGCAGUGUAAUGCACGAAGACGUUUGGCAGAAGUGGAGAGAAGCAGACAAGCCCGAGAACUGGAAGAUUAUGACCAAGGUCGAGCAUACAAAACGCACAGCAGAAUAUGUCGCGUUGCUUGAGAAGCAGAACCCCAGGGGCAUGCGCAAGACCAAAGCCGAUGAUAGUGAGCUUCCUCCAGUUGCACGGCCAGCAGUACUUCCCCUAGCCGUAAAGACUAUCCAGGAGAAUGCUGGCAAUGAUAGUCAACAAGGCAAAAAGAAGCGAAAGAGGCGAAAGCCGAACAAAUCCGCUCUCAACACAGGCGAUGCCGAUGACGAUGAUGCAGAUAAUGAGCCAAAUACUAAGCGUAGAGGUUGA